AUGUUGACGGUCGAGAAGCAGUGGAUCAAUGUACAACAAAAGACCUUCACCAAAUGGCUCAAUGACAAGCUGAAGGCGCGGACCUUGUCCAUCGAUGACUUGGUCACUGAUCUCUCCGAUGGGGUGAGUACUCCUCCCACUCCGGCUUCGAAAUGGACCGAAGGCCUCCAGUCCAAAAUAUGCGCCUCGGUCAUGCUCAUCCACCUCCUCGAAAUUCUAGGUGGUGAAUCCCUCGGUCGAUAUGCCUCCAAGCCCAAGCUGCGCGUGCAGAAGUUCGAAAAUGUCAAUAAAAGUCUAGACUUCAUUCGGGGCCGGAGGAUUCAAAUGACCAAUAUCGGCGCUGAAGAUAUCGUCGACGGCAACCGCAAGAUCAUCCUCGGUCUGAUCUGGACGCUCAUUCUACGGUUCACAAUUAGCGACAUCAAUGAGGAGGGUAUGACCGCCAAGGAAGGCCUGCUGCUGUGGUGUCAACGCAAGACAGCCUGCUAUGAGGACGUCGAGGUGCGAGACUUUUCGUCCAGCUGGAAUGACGGCCUUGCAUUCUGCGCGCUGCUCGACAUUCACCGGCCGGAUCUGAUCGACUACGACUCCCUGGACAAGAGCGACCACCGCGGAAACAUGAAGCUGGCGUUCGAGAUCGCCUCCAACGAGAUUGGCAUUCCCGACCUGCUCGAUGUAGAUGACGUGUGCGACGUACCGCGGCCAGACGAGCGUUCCCUGAUGACCUAUAUCGCCUACUGGUUUCACGCCUUCUCCCAGCUAGAGCGUGUGGAGAAUGCUGGCCGCCGCGUGGAGAAAUUUGUCAACAAUAUGCACGGUGCCUGGGAUAUGCAGACGGGAUACGAGCGUCGAAUGAGAGAAUUACUGCGACUGAUUCGCGCCCAGCGGGAAGGAUGGCAAAACUCGUCGUUUGAGGGAACCUACAAGGAUGUCAAAGAACAGGCUCACCAGUUUUCAUUGUACAAACGCAACGAAAAACGACAAUGGGUGGCCGAAAAAUCCGAUCUGGCAGCUCUAUUGGGCAAUAUCAAAACCAAGCUGGGCACGUAUCGACUCCGUGCGUACGAACCGCCAAAGGAACUGAGUCUGGAGACAUGCGACCAAGAGUGGGAGUGUCUGACUCGCGAUGAGCACCAGCGCAGUCAACUCAUCAACGAGACCAUUCGCGAUAUCAAGAACGCCCUGCGCCGGUCGUUCGCUGACAAAGCCAACGACUUUGCACUCACUCUCAAGACGCUGUCGCUUGCCAUUUCCGGGCUAGAUGGGGAUGUUGAAGAUCAGUUGGACCAUGUCAAGAAGCUGAACGAUAAUCUGCCUCCUCUGGAUGCAUUCCUCGACACCAUCGCCGAACUGGACGAGCAAUGUGCCGAGGCCAACAUUGAAGAGAACGAUUUUACCACAUACACCCUGGACGAGCUGUCGUAUGAACUCAGUCUGGUCAGGUCGAGUAUCUCGAAAAAGCUGGCCUUCUUGGAGAAUCAGAUGGUGGCCCGCAACAUGACCAACCUGACUCCCAUCCAGCUCGAAGAGUUCGAGUCUGUCUUUCGCCACUUUGACCGCGAUGCCUCCAACACGCUGCACGAGCUCGAAUUCUCUGCCGCCCUGGCCAGUCUCGGAUUGGUCUACGACGAAGAAGAAAUGCACCAAGUCUACGUGGAGGUCUGCGGCCCGAAUCGCCUGGCUCAGAAUGCCGGUGUGAGCUUCGAGCAAUUCAUUCGAUUCAUGGUCAGCGUGACCGAAGACCAAAAUACGGCUGAGCAAGUUUUCCAGAGUUUCAAGGAAGUUGCCGAUGGCAAGCCCUAUGUCACGGAGCUUGACUUGCGUCACUCACUUAUUCCAGAUGAAGUCAUCGAGCAUUUAGUCAAGACUAUGCCACAGCACGAGGGUCCGGAUCUCCUGGAGGACCGGGAUCUGGCCAAAUUUGACUACAUCAGUUUCAUGGAAAAGAUGAUCGAGGACAACAAAAGGAACGGAGGAAAGCAAUGA